UUCAGUCUCUCCUACUGAAGUAACACUACAGCGCAUUCUCUCUCUCUUUUUCCCUCACUCAUGAUGAGGCUGCCUUUGCAGCAACCAGCAAAGUACAUUCCAUCCAGGGUGGCGUUCAGCUCUGAGUUCUAGACGGUUGGGUCAGUGGCAUGUCGACAGAACCUCCACUCAACAACAACAAGACUAGCUGUGAUUCUCUACAUCCAGGGUGGCGUUCAGCUCUGAGUUCUAGACGGUUGGGUCAGUGGCAUGUCGACAGAACCUCCACUCAACAACAACAAGACUAGCUGUGAUUCUCUACAUCCUAUUCAAUUUUCUCUCAGCUGCUGUUGUUUCCGUCAUCCUCAGGCCUCGUCUAUUAGUCAGUGAGGGACUGUUUCUCUCGCUCUCUCUCUCGUUCUCUUUUGUUCUCUUUCCUGCUUUUUUUCCUGCUUUUUCUUUGUUCCCUUGCUCCACUUGAAGCACAUAGCGAGAGAGAGACUGGCUUGUUUUGUAAUUGUUGGGAAAUACUUUCUGUGGCCUCGUGCUUAGCCCCCUCCUCCCGCCUUCCAGCGGCUGUUUUCCUGUCGUAGCUGGGAACGGACUGAGGCAAGACUGUUUUCCUGUUGUGACGUCACUUACUGACAUACUUCUUUUCUGUUCUAUUUCUCUCUCUCUCGCCUUUUCUGUCUUUCUCUCUCGAUCCACUGUGUUCUGGCCAUAGUUGGACAAGGCUUUUAGGAAAAGUCUGAGAUUCCCUCUCCUCCUCUAGUGUUUGCGUGCGCAUUGCCUUGAGUCGUGAGAAAGCCAGAUGCUGAGACCAGCUUGACUUUGGAUAUCGCUUCGCAUGGAGCAAGGUUCCUUUCACAGUAGACUGAGUGUCUCUGUGAGAGCGUCUCUCAGCCAGGGACGACUGCCCUUCUGGCUACAGUGCUCAUGAGGUAACGGCGGGAAGCCCCAUACCACCCUCGCUCCGCCCUCCACCCCCACUCCCCUUUAUCCCUCCCCCCAUCCCCCUCUCCGGCGAUGGGUCAGAAGAUCUCGGGCAGCAUCAAGUCGGUUGACACACGGGGCGAGCCCUCAUACCGGCCUGUCCGCCGUGAGCUGCGGGGUCCAGACUUCUGCCGGCCUCCUCGUCUGGACCUACUUCUGGACAUGCCCCCUGCGACCUCUGACCUACAGCUCCACCACGCCUGGAACCCAGAGGACCGCUCGCUCAACGUCUUUGUCAAGGAGGACGACAAGCUGACCUUCCACCGCCACCCGGUGGCCCAGAGCACCGACUGCAUCCGCGGCCAGGUGGGUUACACACGGGGGCUCCAUGUCUGGCGGAUCCACUGGCCGGCGAGACAGCGAGGAACACAUGCUGUCGUAGGGGUGGGCACGGCUGACUCUCUUCUACACUCUGUGGGUUACACAGCCCUGGUGGGUUCUGACUGUGAGUCAUGGGGCUGGGACUUGGGCCGGAACAGACUCUACCACGACAGUAAGAACCGGCCUGCCUCCACCUCGGCACCAACGUACCCGUGUUUCCUGGAGGCAGACGAGUCGUUUGUUCUGCCUGAUGCCCUGCUGGUGGUGCUGGACAUGGACGAGGGCACGCUCAGCUUCAUGGUGGACGGCCAGUACCUGGGCGUGGCUUUCAGAGGGUUAAAAGGCAAGAGGCUGUACCCCAUCGUCAGCGCCGUGUGGGGACAUUGUGAGGUCUCCAUCCGCUACGUCAAUGGACUGGAUCCGGAGCCCCUCCCCCUGAUGGACUUGUGCAGGCGAGUGGCCAGGCUGGCUCUGGGGCGGGACAGAGUCAACCAGAUAGACACCCUCCCUCUGCCAGAGACUAUCAAGAACUACCUCCAGUACCAGUGACCCCACACACACACCAGGACAAUGAACGACUGCUUGAUGAUGGUUACAUUUCACUACGGUCAACCCCAAACAAUUGAACCCUGAACCAUCGGACAUCUACUGAGUGUGAUGAUGGUCGGGAGGAAGCCUAUAAAGGAGUUCCGAGUUUCCUUUUAGGACUUGUGUCCAUUUUUAACUAAUUUUUUUAAUUUGCUCACUGCUGUCGCCCGUCUGACAGAUGGACGGAUGAUGGCUUGAUGGACAGAGAGAGAUGGGCUUGAGACUGGACUGUAGCAAAAGUGUUGGGCUAUGAUGCUGGCUUCUCAUUGGGUCUAUGGGUCUAUAGUGUGGAAGCUUCUAGAAUAUAUGCCUGGAGGAACAGGGGGUUUGGGGAUGAUGCACACAGACAUAGUUACUGUACAUCUAUACAGACUCUCUGGAAGCCUCUCUGAACUUGUGGAUAUUUAUAUUUAUACCCUAUAGCAGGCUCCACUGAGGCUCACCAGCCCCCUAGCCACAGGCAUUUAGAGGAUGGAAACACAGGCAGGCGAACAUCCUUGAACGUAUGCAUAUGCAAACACUCGCUCAUUCUCAGAGGGGCUGUUUUCAGAGUGUGUGUGUGAGGUUUUAUGCGUGUGUGGGUUGGUGCGUGUUGACCUUGCUCCUCAACAGGCACACCAAGGCAUCAGUCAGACCCACUCUGACCCCACUGAGUUUGGCGACACUGCAGCCCUGAUCUCUCUUUAGUCCCCUGCUGCACUACACCUCCCUCUCAACUAGCAGUCUCCCUUUAUUUAUCAGUGGGUUUCAUUGGAUCCAGGCUUCCAUCAUGUCUCUGUCUGGGUGAGUGACUGAGGAUGCAUCCAAAAUGGCACCCUAUUCCCUACAUAGUGCACUAUGUUUGAUCAACCUGAUCAGAAGGAGUGCACUAUGUAGGGAAUAGGGUGCCAUUGUGGACAUACCUGGGAUGUUGUCAGUUAGUGUGAUGCGUUAAAGCUGAGGUUGAUCGGAGGGCCAAUCUGCUAUUAUUGUUUAUGUGCCUGCUCAGAGAAAACGCACGACACCUCUGUCACAGAAGACGAUUUUAGAAAAAUGUACAUGCUGCUUUUUUUUCUUUUUUUUUUUACUCCUGUUCUUAUCCUGAUGGUGAUUAUUCCUUUAAGUAUAUUUUCUGUUUUUAUGACUGAGGCUUUUGUUUAUUUCUGAUUUGAUUUUGUUUUCUAUGGUUUUGAGAUCUAUUUGCCGAACAGGAAGUGACCCAGGUGAGACAGGAAGUCUCGCUGAGAGAGACUGAGCUGCCAUGAGCAUCUUUUUAAAUGUGAAUAAAACACAAACUGAACCACAUA